UCAAAAUCAAAACAUAACCUCAACUCAUCAAGGCAACACCGCAACAACAAAAACACAAAUGAAAAAGUUCAUUCAGUCUAUAAAUUCAAAGAACUAUCUUUAAAAUUCAAAUGAAAACAAUGGACGACAGUGAAUAUAAAGUUUAUCAUGAAUCAUUUAUGCAAAAUAACAGUGGUUCUUCCUCGGGCCAUACAUUUCUGUGCAUCCUAUUCACCGUGCUUUGUACAAUCUCCAGCGCAGUAUUCAGGCGAAACACUGGUCCUUCUAUUAUUUUAGAAUACAUAAUUAUUGUAUUUCCUUUAAUAUUAGUGCAUACUUUAUUAGCAGAACAAAUAUUUUAUCUAAUCGCGUUUCUAAUAACAAUCAUCUUUGCUAAAUGUUGGAGAUUACACUUUAAAAUUGAUUUUAGGGAAAUAUUCCAAACAAAUAAUGUUUUUAAAACUAAAACAGUAUUAACUAUAUCAUAUUUGCGAGGCCUUACAUAUUUGAUAACUGCAUUUUGCAUAUUAGCUGUUGAUUUUCGCGUAUUUCCCCGAUAUCUGGCCAAGACAGAAAAUUAUGGUUACAGUCUUAUGGACACAGGUGUUGGCUUAUUUGUCUUGAUGAGUGGUUUAGUUCAUAAAGACAGUAUUAAUAGUGUGAACCAUUUUUUUAGAAGUAAUUUGAAAUUGUUUGUGAUAUUAGUAACUCUUGGUAUUGCAAGAUUUGUUUCUAUUAAGUAUCUCAAUUAUCAGGAGCAUGUUACUGAGUAUGGAGUACACUGGAAUUUCUUUUUCACAUUAGCAGUAGCCAAAGUACUGUCUUCAUCUUUGUUAUUAAUAUUUGAUGAAGCCAAACAACACAGCUUAAAAUUAGGAUUAUGUGUUCUUAUUUUGCAUGAAUUCAUGUUGGAUUUAGGUUUAGAAGAUUGGGUCUUCAGUAAUGCUCCAAGGGAUAAUUUUGUAACUGCCAACCGAGAAGGGCUAUCCUCAUGCCUUGGUUAUGUGGCUAUGUAUCUACUAGCUGUUCAUUUUAAAAGAGUAUUAUGUAACCAUAGCCUGCCAAGGUCUAAGGUCUUAUUUCAAUUAUUAUAUGGGUCAUUAUUGUCCUGGCUGUUCACUAUUGUAGUUAACCUUAUAAGGCCAGCAUCAAGAACCUUAGCGAAUGCAGGAUACUGCUGUCAUUUGUUAGCAAUACUACUCCCUGUUUUAACAUUAUUUUACUUUGUAGAAGUUACUUCCCAAGCAAUGGGGAAAUCGUUACAUUUGCCUACAAUAUUGUCAGCUAUAAAUAGCAAUGGAUUGCUGUAUUUCUUAAGUGCUAAUUUGAUGACUGGUGCAAUAAAUUUAAGUGUGAGGACUUUGUUUGUAUCCAAUUAUAUUGCUGUGGUUGUAUUAAAUGUUUACAUGAUAGCCACAAUUUUUAUAGCUGUAUGUUUGGAAAAGAAAGGUAUUAAAUUGUAAUUUGUUA